UCCAUCUUUAUUACGACACAUUCUUCUCUCCCUAUCAUCUCUCUCUCUCUCUUUCUCUCUACACUCUCUACUCUCUACUGUCCCCAGCCAUGGACGAGUCAUGGCGGAUGCGCAUGGGAAUGCCGGCGUCAUCCCAGACUCCCCGCCGCCGGACGGUCACGGCAUCCCCUCCAGGCUUCACCCGUCGCCGAUCCUCCCUCUCGGAAGCACUAGACCCCGACGACUUUGCCGACGUCUUCGGCGGGCCUCCCCAGACCGUCCUCCUCCGCAAGUUCUCCGGCGACUUCGUCUUCGCCGCCACCACUCCCACCUCCUUCUACGAGGAGGUCUUCCGGCCGCCGGAGCUCGCUUCUCCAGCGACCAGGAGCGGCCGGAGCCUGCCGGCGUUCCGGAUCCCGGAGAGAACCGACACCUUCUAUGGGGACAUUUUCGGAUCAGACGGUGACCGCAGGUCUAGGGACCGGACCCGGCCAGGGUCGAACGCCAAGUCAAAGCCGAAAUCGAGGUCCAACUCUUCAUCGGUGUUGAGCUCCGAGGAUCUUAGCCCGCUUCGGCCGGUGAUCAGAGAUGACGUCGCACUCUCUUCUUUCGCUUCUAAGCUCAGGCCGAUCAAUGUUCCGUGCCGAUGGAACUCAUCGACAAUCAAGCCCGACGAACCUCUGAAGACUCGAUUAGUAUCGCCAUUUCCAUCUGCACGUGCUUCUCCUAUUGAAACUCAGUACUCGGAAACUGAACACGGGCAGCACUCCAGGAGCCCCUUCAACAGCUUCUCAAGGCGGGUCACAUCACCCGAAACGUUCAGCAUCGAUCCGAGCUCUUACAAGAGUGUGAAGAUCUCCAGCGAUGAUAUAGAGGUGAAUACCCCUGCUGCAUCGGUAGUAUCUUCACUCGGUCAUCAGGACCUUGAAAGUAGGCAAAAUAAUGACGAUAACAAUUUAAUGGUCGAAGAGGAAGGUGUUGAGGCGGACGGAGAUGAAGAUGAAGAUGAGAUUUCAAGCUCCUUCAUCAUAGAGAUUGGUCCUAAUCAUAGGGAACCCGCAGGAGAAGCAGAGGGAAUUGAUGAGGCAAUCGCUUGGGCGAAGGAGCGAUUUAAUGCUCACCAGGAGUGGAAAGAUUCGAGCCUGACACGACAAGGCAAAGACGAUAAAUCUGCUGAGGAAAAAGAGGGACCUGAUACUUCCAAAUAUUUUCAUGAAAGUAGAGGAGGCCAUCAUAAAAUGCAUUUGUCGGUGAUAGAAAUGGAGCAAGUGGACGAAGACAUAAGGUCAUGGUUGGCAGGAAAAGAGAACAACAUCCGGCUACUCCUAUCGACACUACAUCAAAUAUUGUGGCCGAGGAGUGGCUGGAGCAUGAUGCCGAUAACAAGCCUCAUGGAGAGCUCUCUCGUGAAGAAGGCUUACCAGAAAGCAAGGCUGUGUCUGCACCCCGAUAAGCUCCAACAGAGAGGAGCAACAGCUCAGGAGAAGUAUAUCGCAGAGAAGGCCUUCUCUAUCCUCCAGGAUGCUUGGGCUGCAUUCACUUCACAAGACAUUCUCUUCGGCUAGUGGGCAAUCACAUAACAUGGUGGAUCCUCAGUUACGGGGAAAACUCAGAUAAAAAAGGUGUGAUCUGUAAGUUCUUGUAAAUGCAGUAAUCUAUAGACACCCUCAUGUGAAUUGUAAGUCUUGUUCCUUGUCUUGGUUCUUUGAUGCACUUUGAGAGAGGUAAAACCGCAAAAUGAAAGAACCUGUGACAGUAGUUUUUGUUCUAUCAAUGUUGUAAUUUGGUGUUCCGCUUGUAUAUUGUCUUCUCGGUUGGAACCUCGGCAGAGAAACUAGAUAAGCAAAUGAAGUACGGAGAUUGAGAUAGCGAUGACUGGUAGUUUGUCAGUCUAUAACAAGGCCGUAUAAUGAGCAUUCUCUUGUUAUCUAUCUCUAUAUGUGUAUGUUUCUAUCCGGAAGUUAGUUUUCUC